UUUUACAUAUUAAACAAACAAAUAUUGGUGACAUACUUUUCAGAAAGUUAUGCUUGAAAGUUAAGAGCUAUUGAGUGAACGCAAUGUAUAUCAAGCAAGUUAUCAUCCAGGGGUUUAAAUCCUACCGUGAGCAGACGGUUGUAGAACCGUUUGACCCGGGGCACAAUGUUGUUGUUGGAAGAAACGGAUCUGGGAAAUCUAAUUUCUUCUAUGCAAUCCAGUUUGUUCUAUCAGACGAGUACUCACAUCUUAGACCAGAACAGAGACAGGCUCUUCUCCACGAGGGAACAGGACCACGUGUUAUCUCAGCCUACGUUGAAAUCAUCUUUGAUAAUAGUGAUGGUCGUCUUCCAAUCGACAAAGAUGAGGUAUAUUUGAGACGAGUUAUCGGUUCUAAGAAGGAUAAUUAUUUCCUAAAUAAGAAGAUGGUCCCGAGGUCUGAAGUUAUGAAUCUUCUGGAAUCUGCAGGAUUCUCCAGAGCUAAUCCGUACUACAUUGUGAAACAGGGAAAGAUAAACCAGAUGGCAACAGCCCCCGACUCUCAGAGGUUGAAGCUGUUGAGGGAGGUUGCAGGAACAAGGGUCUAUGAUGAGAGGAGGGAGGAAAGUAAAGGAAUACUCAAGGAGACUGAGGGUAAACGAGAUAAGAUUGAGGAAUUCCUGCAAACGAUAGAGGACAAGCUAAGCACCUUGGAGGAGGAGAAGGAGGAGUUGAAGGAAUAUCAGAAGUAUGACAAGAUGAGGAGAGCGCUGGAGUACCAGAUACAUGACAGGGAUCUACAGGAUGCUAGAAAAAAGUUGUCCGACAUGGAUAACAAGCGUAAAAACUCAGGGGAGGAGGCGGAGAAGUUGAGGAACGCCCUUCAGGAGGCUGUGGACAAGGCAAAGAAUGCAAACAAGGAGGUGAAGGACCUGAAGUCUAAGGAGGCGGGAGCUAAGGAGGAAAAGGAUACCUUGCAGCAAGAUCUCCAGGCACAGACCAAGGAGAAAACGAAGCUGGAGUUUACCCUCAAGGAUUUAAGGGACGAGGUUGCAGGAGACUCCAGCUCCAAGGAGCGAGCAGAACAGGAGCUCAACAAGCUCAAGGUGACUAUCAAGGAGAAAGAGAGGGAGCUGGAGAACAUCAAGCCUGCCUAUGAUGAGAUGAGGAAGAAGGAGGAUGAGUACACGAGGGAGUUGAGCUUGAAAGAGCAGAAGAGAAAGGAACUCUACGCUAAGCAGGGUCGAGGAAGCCAGUUCACCAGUAAGGCUCAGCGUGAUGAAUGGAUUCAGAAGGAGUUGAAAUCUCUUAACAAACAGAUUAAAGAUAAGACGGAGCAGAUUGAAAGAUUGGGAGAAGAUCUGAAAAGAGACAGCAAGAAGAAAAAUGAACUGGAAACUAAAAUUGAUGAACUUGGAGGUGAGCAGGAUUCCCAUCGAACCUCUAUUGACGAUCAGAACAAGGGUUUCUACGAGCUCAAGAAGAAGAAGGACAAACUGCAGGGGGAGAGGAAUGAUCUGUGCAGGAAGGAGAUGAACCUGCAGCAGUCCCUCUCCUCCCUCAAGGAAGAGUUGUCAAAGGCGGACCAGACCCUCAGGUCCAUGGCGGGGAAACCUAUUCUCAAUGGCAGGGACUCGGUGAGAAAAGUGUUGGAUAUGUUCAAGGAUCGUGGAGGACAGUACAAGCAGAUCUCGGAGUCCUACUACGGACUUGUGAUUGAGAACUUUGAAUGUGAACAGAGUAUCUAUACUGCAGUAGAGGUGACAGCUGGAAAUCGUCUGUUUCAUCAUAUUGUUGAAUCUGACAGAGUUGGAACAUAUAUUCUCAAGGAGAUGAAUAAACUUAAACUACCAGGGGAGGUUACCUUUAUGCCAUUGAAUCGUCUGAAUGUAAGAAACAUCGACUACCCUAACACCAAGGAUGCCAUUGCUAUGGUGAGCAAGCUGGAGUACGUUGAGAAGUAUGACAGAGCACUCAGGUACAUCUUCGGUCGUACUUUAAUCUGCCGUAACCUGGAAGUAGCUACGCAGCUUGCACGUACAACAGGGUUGGACUGCGUCACACUUGACGGAGAUCAGGUCUCUAGUAAAGGGUCUCUAACAGGAGGAUACUUCAACAAAUCCAGGUCUCGUCUUGAGAUUCAGAAGAUUAGAAGUGAGAAGAACGAAGAGAUAAAAGAACAAGAGGAAGAGAUGAGGAAACUUAGAGAUGAUCUUGCCAAACUAGAGUCUGAGAUUAAUAAGGCCGUAGCUGAGAUGCAGAAGACUGAGACCAAGAACAGCAAGGCGAAGGACGUGUUCGACAAGGUGAAGACGGAUAUCCGUCUCAUGAAGGAGGAACUCAGUCUUAUAGAGAGGAACCAUCAACCCAAGGAGAGGUCCUUGAACCAGCUCAAGUCCUCCUUGGAGGCCAUGCAGACAACUAAGGAGGGUUUAGAGAAUGAGUUAAACCAGGAUCUGCUGGCGACAUUGUCCUCUAAAGACCAGCACGAGGUUGACCAGCUCAAUGAUGAUAUCCGGAGACUGAAACAAGAAAACAAGAAAGCAUUCGCGGAGAGAAUGCGUCUAGAAGCACAGAAGAAUAAACUAGAGAACCUGCUGACCAACAACCUGGUUAGGAGAAAGGAUGAGUUGGUUCAGGCUCUCCAGGAGAUAUCUGUAGAAGACAGGCAUCAGCAGCUAGAGAACUCUAUUAACGAUCUCAAGAGCCUGGAGGAGAGGUUGUCCGUGACCCAGGCCUCUAUGAAGACUCUGGACAGGAACCUCGUUGAUAUCACCAAGAAGAGGAAGAAGGCCCAGGCAGAGUUAGAGGCCAGCAGAUUGCGUGAGCGUGAGAUCCAGGAUAAGAUUGAGGAGGAUAGCAAGGAGUUGGAGAAGAUGGCCAGUAAGCAGACAGUUCUCCAGCAAAAGAUCGAAGAAUGUACAAAGAAAAUCCGCGAAUUGGGAUCCCUUCCCUCCGACGCUUUCGACAAGUACAAGAACAUGUCUCAGAAGCAGCUGUUCAAACAGCUGGAGAAGAGUAACCAGGAACUGAAGAAGUAUUCUCAUGUGAACAAGAAGGCGUUGGAUCAAUAUGUUUCCUUCUCUGAGCAAAAGGAGAAGCUGAUGAAGAGGAAGGAGGAGCUGGACAGAGGAAACCAGAAAAUCCACGAUCUCAUGGAGGUCUUGGAACAAAGGAAAUUCGAGGCCAUCCUCUUCACAUUCAAACAAGUGUCCAAAUAUUUCCAAGAUGUUUUCGAGAAACUGUGUCCAACUGGUAGAGGAACUCUCAGUAUUAAGACAGAUAACCAGGAUGAAGAUGACGACGAGGUUGAUCAGGCACACAAGCUGGAGAAUGCUACUGGAGUAUCCUGUAGUGUCAGCUUCACUGGGAAGAACAACGAGAUGAGGGAGAUGAAUCAACUGUCCGGAGGACAGAAAUCCUUGGUAGCCAUGGCGCUGAUUUUUGCAAUCCAGAAAUGUGACCCUGCCCCUUUCUACCUGUUUGACGAGAUAGAUCAGGCAUUAGAUGCUAUGCACAGGAAGGCAGUCGCAGACAUGAUUCAUGAACUAGCAGACGGAGCUCAGUUCAUUACAACCACCUUCAGACCUGAGUUGCUUGAGCACGCAAACAAGUUCUACGGAGUGAAGUUCAGGAACAAAGUUUCCCAUGUGGAUUGUGUUACUAGGGAGGAGGCUUACGACUUCGUAGAAGACGACCAGGCUCAUGGUUAAUUAGUUAAAAGAUUUGGAAAUAAAUCUAGAGACGAUGAUCAAACCUCCUCUGGAAGUCCACUUCAUCUGAGUGUACAUACCGUACUGUUAUCUUGCAGAGCAUUGUAUAAUACGUCUACUACGGUGUACUCUGUACAGUGAACACUGCACUGUAGUUGACACCUAAAUCAUUUAUAAAAUGUGAAAAACUGCAAUGAAGUAAUAGAAAAUAUUGUACUACAAUUUUUUCAACAUCGUCUGCAUUUUCAAGAAUUACGAAGCAUGGAGUAUAUCUCACUGAAGUUAUAAAGUACAAAUAAUGUGUUGUGUAAACUAGAAACUUUUUAAGUGUAAAUGUUGUGACUAAAAGUGUAAAAAUAUCUUUCUUAUUAGCAUGGUAAAUAGUUUUACUAAUUUUUACUUCUGAUUUUUCUUUCUGAAGAAGAAUCACUUUCUUUAUCUUGUAAUUUUUAAACUUUCUCAACGAUAAUGCCAGUUUCGGUUUGUGUAUUUCUUGUGUGAAUGUAUGUUUAUAAUUUUUAAAUGUACACUUUAUAGUUCAA